GAUAACGGUUUUAAUUCGAAUGGGCAAAUACAAACGAAGAGUAUCACUAAUAAAUAUCCGGCUCCUAAUAAUACAAUUUAUCAAAACACUGAAGACAAUUAUCAAAAUGUCGGUGACAAUAAUUACGCUCACCAACAAAACGUGAUUCAUAAUUAUCUUGUUCAUCAAAAUCCUGGAGAAAUUUAUCAUAAUAAUAAUUACGUUCGCCAAAACAUGGUUCACAAUAUAAUUUAUCAAAAUGUCGGUGAUAAUAAUUACGCUCAACAAAACAUGAUUCAUAAUUAUCUUAUUCAUCAAAACCAAAGCCAUGAAGAAAUUUAUCAUAAUGAUAAUUACGUUCGCCAAAACAUGGUUCAUAAUACUAUUUAUCAAAACCCGGAAGGCAUUUAUCAAAAUGUCGGUGAUAAUAAUUACGCUCAUCAAAACAUGAUUCAUAAUUAUCUUGUUCAUCAAAAUCCUGGAGAAAUUUAUCAUAAUAAUAAUUACGUUCGCCAAAACAUGGUUCAUAAUACAAUUUAUCAAAACCCAGAAGGCAUUUAUCAAAACGUCGGUGAUAAUAAUUAUGCUCAUCAUCAAAACAUGACUCAUAAUUAUCUCAUCCAUCAGAGCCCUGGAGAAAUUUAUCAAAGCAUCGGUAAUAAUAAUUACGUUCAUCAAAAUCCUAAGCAUGAGGACGUUUAUCAAAAUGCUGGUAAUGAGAAUCACAUGCGUCAAAACAUGAUUUAUAAUCACCAAAACAAUUUCGUCGCUGAACAGAACUCAAGUAAUAUUACGAGCAUUAAUCAUCAAAAUUUUGUUGACAGCUAUUUCGCUGGUCAAAAUAAUUUCAGUAAUCAUCAAAACUCUACCAUCGUCAACAAUUUGACUAAAGAUCAAAUAAAAUUGCUGGAUAACAAUAAUAACUGA